AUUGCUUUUAUCUUCCUGUGUUACUGAGGAAAACAAUUACAAAUAACUGCUCUUCUGACAAGAUAUCUGUUCAAUUAAAAAAUACCCUUUUGUGCAUUCUCUCAAAGCUGCCAACAUGAACUACUGUAGCGGAUUCUUCUUCUCUCCUUGGGAUUGUGCCAAGAGAAAUGUUUUCCUGAUUGCCUCCAUCUCUUUUACAGCAAUAUGUUUGAUUUCCUAUCUUGUGAAUUCUGAUUGCCUUGCUCUCAUAGCUCAAAGUAAAGGUCAGAACAAUCAUGACAUAGAAGAAAAAGACAUACUUUUUACCAAAAGGUAUGAUAAUCUUCAGAUGGAAAGUGAAAAUAUUUUACAUAAAAACAUUAUUUCAAGUUUCAAGAAAUUCUUAUGGAAAGAAAGUGGAAAACUACCAGCUGAAAAUGAGAAAUUUGAGAAUAAAACCAGAUCCACCUCAAGAUGGCCAUUUAAAUUCAUUAUUAAUGAAGAAGAGAAGUGUAAAGAUAAAACACCUUUCUUGGUAUUAUUAAUAGCUACUACAGCUGCUGAAAUUCAGCACAGAAGUUCCAUCAGAAGAACCUGGGGAAAUGAAUCUGUGGUUCACGGAGUUGAAGUUGUUCGGUUGUUUAUGCUGGGCAUUGAGAGCAAGGGUCCAAAUGCGGUCCUACUGAGAGAAAGCGAGCAAUAUCAUGAUAUUAUUCAGCAGGACUUCAUGGACACUUACCAUAACUUAACUCUUAAAACUUUGAUGGGCAUGAAGUGGGUUGCCUCUUACUGCAGUGGCACAAGCUUUGUCAUGAAGACAGACAGCGAUGUUUUUGUUAAUACAAUAUACCUGAUAGAAAAGCUCCUCAGGUCUCUUUCACCUCCUCCACAAAAUUAUUUCACAGGUUGUCUUAUGAAAGGGCAUAAGCCUAUUCGGGAUAAAAACAGUAAAUGGUACAUAUCAGAAGAAGAGUACCCGGGUGACAAAUACCAUCCUUUUUGUUCAGGAACUGGCUACGUCUUUUCUGGGGACCUGGCUUCAAAAAUUGUCAGUGCUUCUGUAAUGAUAAAAUAUAUACAUUUGGAAGAUGUUUAUGUAGGGCUCUGUCUUAAUGCAAAGGGAAUACAGAUAGUACCUCCACCUAGUCCUUCACUUUUUAACAUAUACAAGGUUCCAUUUUCUCCUUGUCUGUACAACAGUAUAAUUACUUCUCAUCACAUUGGGACAUAUGAGCACAUACACUAUUGGGAAACACUGCAGAAGAACCGCCACGCAUGUCAGACAGGAGGGAAAGGCCCAUAGCAGAGAAUCCUUCCUUUCUUUGACAAUGGACAAAACAACAGGUGUUUUCAUAGAAACAGGGCACCUAUGCAGUGUUAACUUUCAAGGUUCAGGAACAUUCUGAAUCAGGGGUAUGGGGUUUAUUUUAAGUUCAAAGCAUUUUUCUUCCAUAAAACAGGGUUUCUCUGUUGAAUGAAUACUGCUUGGUACCUUGCUUUGUUUUGGAUGAAGCACAAUUAAUUCUUAUACUGUUUUAAAACAUGCCAAGAGAUCAUAUCAACUACACUGAAGCAAAAGCAAUGAAGAUGCAAUGAAACUUAAUUUUUCUUGAAUGGGUAAUAAUGAGUUAAUAUGUUAAUUUUAUAUUGGUCAGAUGUGAUUAGUCUACAUAACAUUACAUUUACUCAGGUGGCAUUUCAAAAUGACUGAAGAAGAUGCAUACAUGAUAUCCUGUGCUGGUGAAUUAGUGAUAGAAAUAUAGAUGGAAACUGCUUUUUUUUUUUUUUUUUUUUUUUUUUUUUUUUUUUUUUUUUUUCAGAAAAUCUAAUACUAGCAUUUGCCAGAUCUCUGUUAGUGCAUGUAGCUACUGUUACUCUUUGUAGUCAUAUAUACAAAGAACAUGUCACAUACAAGAUACCACUUUGUUGCUAUUAGUAUGCAGAUAUAGCAAAUGAGGAAAAUUAAAUGCUGAGUGUUUUGAUA